CCUUUCCACGUGGAGCUGUCAUAGCUGAUACAACUAACGUACCUAGUCCCCCACCACUAUCGUCAUACUCAGUUGGUUCAAUCAAACAAGACUAACGUUUAGUAUUUAGUAAGAGUAAUGGUCUCUAUGAUCCGUCUUAAACGAUGUAAAAUAGUCGGUAGAUUCAUCUUUAUUGUGCUAUCUUUCCUUUUUAUAUUGUCUGUGUUGUUUGGAUCGAAUCUUAUCGAGCUGGGAGCGAAGACUUCAAGAGAAAAACAAGAUGAAGCAACAUUACCAAACAUUUUGCAGCGUCUAGAAAACCUUGAGAGAAAAGUUUCACAAACAUAUGAAGUACGUGAUAAACUGGUAUUACCUGGAAGUAGAGAAAACCAAAAGAAAGAUGUUGUUGCAAUAAAAGAGAGGAAAUGUGUGAUACCAAAUGACUGGAGACAUCCCUUCUGUGCUCACAAAGUUAAGUGGAUCAAGGCUUUAUGGCAGAAAAGUACAGAUUGUUACAUKGAUGAGCAUCAUAUUAUACCUUCAGAGGACUGCACUAUUCUCAAGUUUUUGAGUGAGGCAGAGGCAUGGUGUCCAUUACUUCCUGGAAGAGAGAAACCUGAUCCACUGUUAUCAAGAAAGAAGGCCACAAUACGCACAGAUAUAGAAGGACUUCUGAAGUGGUUCAAAGAUGAUAAAUGGUCAUGGAUGCGAGAACGUGCUACCCGAUUCUGGCCUUACUGGGUAGAGGGAGCCAAAGCUUUGAGAAAGCGUAAACCAGAAAUAGAAAAACGAGCAGCUCAAAGAACUCUUCUCUUUAUGGGCACGUUUUCUGUAGAGCCACGUUUCUUCGAGUAUGCAUACCAUGGAGGACCACUUGGGGAGUUAGUACAGUGGACUGAUUUAAUUUGCUCGCUCUACAUUCUGGGUCAUGACCUAGAUAUUAGUGCAAACACAGAUGACCUGAAAAAAAGGCUGAAUGUUCCCAAAUUAAAAAAUUGUGCAAGCGCUUCUAGAGACGAUGACUAUGACCAAAUAUUCACUGAUUAUAAUGGGCAUAAGCUGAUAGCGUUUGCUGUAGGGCCAAACCAUUCACAAUACAGGUGCAAGAUACGGAUUUUAGAUUCAUUUGGCACGGACGCGGAGUUUAACUUUGCUGAAUAUUCCGAGCCAAUUCCUGGUGGCAGGUCACCCUGGGCAAAUGCUGACGUCAAUCUUCGCCAGAUCUUUACAAUGUUUCCCCACAGUCCCGAUAACUCGUUUUUGGGUUUUGUUGUGGAUUCGCCUGUGAACGACACAAAGGUGAAGAAAGUAGAGAAGAAGAGCAAGAAACCUAUAGGUCUUGUCUACGGUAAAGAAGCACGGUUUUGGAAGGGUCAUAAAGACUACCUUGACACACUGAGCAAGUAUCUAGAAAUGCAUGCCACAACUUCGGGUCCGGAAGGUGAUCUCAAAAGCUUGCCUGAUUACGUCAUUAACCAUGGAAUCCUUAAAGGUGGUGAUCUACAAAAACUACUCGAUCAAUCAAAGGUAUUUAUAAUGAAGCGUUACAGUAAGUUGGUCCUUCGUCUGGUGACAAGUAAGAAAAGCAAAAAUAUCUUCUUGGAAUGCGAGCUAUUUAUAUAGUCCCCUUCACAGUUCCCUGCACCAUCUUGAAAGGUAGCCGUGCCUUUGCAUCGAAGCGAGACGAACGGUGAGYUUGCAUGUUGCAUGUUUGAUGUUGCCUGUUGCAUAUUGCAUAUUGCAUGUUGCUCAACAGCUUAAGAGU